CAUCAGGGUUGAAACUGACCCCCUACGGAAUCAACACCUGACUGGCUUGCUGUUGCUAGAUUUGGUCAUCCGUUGUUUCCAAGCUACUGCCGAGUUGUAAUAAGCACUGACCUCCUCAAGAAAGAAAUGGAAUGACGUGGCAAAUUAUCUAUUAAAUCUACAUCUCAAAAACGACAACCAGGCAACAAGGGCGUGUUGUCACUUAUGACAUCGGACAUCAUCACACACCGACGAUUACCUGGGAAACCACGUGUGAACAGCUCAUGAUCUGCUCCCAUCUUACCUUUUCAGCGUCUUCGGACGGCUUCUAUUUUCAUAUCGCUCCUUAACUUAAUUUCGAUAUGCCGCUAUUCCAUAAGAUAGCUCCCUCCGAUAUUGAUGCGGAUCUGGAUUCUAGUUGGCCAAGGGUUUUUGUUUUGAUUUAUGAAGAUGGAUUCAGAAGAGGAAGUCUCUAGGCAUGGGCUGUCGACUGGUUCCGAUGCUAAGACCGACGAUGGUGACACCCAAAGCAUUAGUGUUUCGUCCGGGGCUAGAUUGAUACCCGUUUCCGAAUCUCGGGAUGUUUCCCAUAAUAGGGAUGAAGUGGAAGAACACCGAAAUAUGAUGCUUGCCAGCUUGUUGGAGGAUUACUAUCGUACCCGUGCUACCGAGUUCCUCAAUGCUGCCAACCCGGGUAAGAAUUACACCAGGCAAUCCCCGGAGGUCCAGCCCCUAGCUCGAAAGCUCUUUGGGGAUGCAAGCCGAACACUUGCAUCAAACGGCGUACUCUCCGACUUUUCAGCUUCCGAUACCGUAAGGGGGUCCCGCCGUCAAUACCUGUCCGCAUUGGAUAGUUUAGUCGCUACCUCUCAGGCACCGAAUGUGAAUAUUCUCAAUCCGAUGCGCGAUCUCAUCUCCCAAACGUCUCAACUAGCUCUUGUUCCUCAUCCGGCCAAUGACCUGCAGUUGACUCUUCAAUCCUCCAGAGUCCAAAGCCACUACCAGUCCUCAUUUCAAGAGCUCGCUCUUUUGGGAAAAGGUGGGUUCGGAAGGGUUUACCAAUGCUUUAAUCCUCUGGACCAAAGGACGUAUGCGGUUAAGAAGAUUCAGCUAUCUCCGAAGCUUGGGAAGAGGUUUCGCGAUGGGAGGCUAGAGGAGCUGCAGCAUAUCUUGCGCGAAGUACAGGCUUUAGCUACCUUGGACCACCCCAAUAUUGUCCGCUAUCACGCCACAUGGCUGGAGGAACCCCGCCAAACACCUGAAAUCUUAGGUACCCAAGAUUCCGACAGUAGACCAGGUUCAGGCCAUCGCCAACAAUUACUACUGGAUAGCCACCCCUUCUCAGAGGAUGACGCUGCAAACAGGCCUGAACCAUCGCUAAGUGGCGGGGUAAUUUUCGCUGAAGACACCCCAUCCAUCGCUGAAGAGGGCGCUAAAAACCAUGAGCCUAGCGGGCGACAGUGGUUCGAAGAACCCAGUUCAACCCAUGGUCUUGACAGAAUGUCUUCCGUCUCAAAUACAAGUGAUAUUUUCACGGACGGCAAAAGCCAUUCAAUGAAUCUGCACCAAGUGCAUGAUAGAUUCGAUGCGACCGGUCAUACGUUGUACAUCCAAAUGUCAUUAUACCCUAUGACAUUAGCACAAUACCUAUCACUUUCGGAUGGCCACAAUACUCCGAAACACUGUUUUCAUCUCGUUCCUAGCCUUCAGCUCCUUCGUGCCAUACACGCGGGGCUGCGAUACAUUCACGCAAAGGGUUUCAUACAUCGUGAUAUUAAACCGGGAAAUAUCUUCUUAUCCUCGCCUGAAGGAGAGUCACAAGGUGGAUACUGCAGCCUCGCAUGUGGUUCUUGCCGAAGAAACAAGGCGGAUAUUCCACCACGAUGGCUUAAUCCGCGCAUUGGCGAUUUCGGUCUUGUCGCUCAACUGGCACAAGGGGAAUUACCAUAUGUGGAUGACGCUAGUUCGGCGUCAUCAGGUAAACCCGUCGGCACCGCAUACUACCGACCACCAUCUUCCACAGGUGCUAAUGACGAGAAAAUCGACAUAUUCGCUCUCGGUGUGGUGUUCGUUGAGAUGCUAUGCUCAUGCGGCACAGCCAUGGAGCGGGUAGAUAUGCUGAAGCGGCUACAAAAGGGUUGCUUACCGUUGAGUAUUGAAGAAAGUCUAGAAAAUGAGGAACAUCCCGCUGAUGUUGUGGAGGAAGUGGUUUCGCUGGCAAAGGCGAUGGUUGAUCCGAAUCCUCGUGCGAGAUGGUCGAGUUCGCAAGUGGAUGAGGCUAUUGAGAGCAUACUCAGAAAGUUGUGAACGUAGGUGCAAUUAUUCAGAUAGAUACUCCACUGUUGUUUUUUAUGCGUGUAAAUACAGUCACUUUUAGGUGAUGAUACGCUGUAAAUACCGGUUAUAUAGCACUAAAUCCCAUGUUAAUAGUGUCUCUGAGGAGGGAGAUAUGGCUGAAUUAACGAGUCGUCCGCCAAGUUAAUAUGGAAUGUUUGUGAAGCCUGAGAACCCCUAUAACUAUAGCGGCUUAUGAUGCCCCACCCCCUUUUCAAUUGGAGUGUGCUAUAAAUACAGGCAUUGCAGCCCCUAAACACUUUUAUAGCGAUAGUGCGCUACGGCGCUUACUUUUCUAGGCGUAUGUGCCUAUAGUUCCCUACGACAACAGGGAUUGUUAGCCGCUACGGGCGCUGUUUACCAGGUAUUUAGUGAAGGCAAAUACCUACCUAGGUACCUAGGUAGGU